AUGCCAGGGGAGCCGUGGAGUACAAACUUCAGCGAAGACCAGACACCGGUCACGCGGGACUCGCCUGUCGCCGUGAACCCGGCGCCAAAUGUGGCCAGCGCUGGCUUCAGCGAUGACAGUUUAUACGGAGGCCCACUGCUUGACGGCAAGCCGGAGGGACAUGGCAUAUGUCUCUUUCCGUCAGGGACUAUCUGUUCCGGGAAGUUUGAGCGCGGAUUCCUAGAAGGGCCCGCAGAGGUACUGCUCCCCUCCGGUGCACUCUUCACUGGUAACUUCACGAGAUCCGUGGCGAACGGAUCUGGAGCGUGCAUGCAACAUGGGCGUCUUAUGCGUGGCACCUGGUGUGAGGGGGUUGUGGUGGAGCAGACUGAGGAGGACCUUGGUUGUGGCAGCCGUGCCAAAUUAUUCACUAGCAUCGCAGGUCGAUUGUAUGCUGAGCUGCGAAACCUCACAACUAAGACGAAGGCGCCGGACUUGCACCACCCGUAUCACAGAUGUCGCAUCAUGGAGCCAAUAGUUCAUCUUUGUGAGCAGCAAUCCUUCGAACGGGACCCGAUGGUACCAAGCAAGGAGGCACUUGAUUACUUUGUACUAAACCCCGCUGUCACGAAAGCAGUGCCUCCUGCGUUACUCACUGCCGGAACUGCAGCAACCCCAGGUGGGAGUUCGAGUGAUACUGAAGGAUCUUUCGUGGGACGAACGGUGCGGCGCCAAACGAAAAACGUGGAAGUGCAUAUGCAAGAUAAACCUGUUAACAGAAAUUUACUUACUAUGGGAGCCUCUCCAUAUGCGGUAUUUGCAUGUGCUGGACCCGCAGCCAAUGAGAUCUUCUCAUUUAGUCGCUACGUGAAAUAUUUCUUAAUAUUUCUUGUCCCGUUCUUGUCAUUACCGCAACUACCAUUUUCUCCCAUCCGUAAGGCCAGGCUGGAAAUGGAACGAGAAUUCGUUGUGAGUGGUGCCUCACUCCUACGAGAACACGACCCUCCUUUUUUGUCGCUACACUUUGUAACUGUUGCAAUCUGCUGCAAUAUCACGGCUGUAGUGAUUGUUGCAGCCAAGGUGACUCUGGGACACGUGAGCGGUGGACAUCUGUCACUUGCAGAGGUAGUUGUUCCAUGUGUCUUUUGGGUCGUGCAAGCUAUGCUUUUCGCUGCAUACAACAGCUACAUGCGAGUAGCCCACGCGUUGGAGCGUCUUGAGCGUCGUUUGACACCACACAUUUCUGCCUUUGCCGCGGGUCUGGUGGACAACAAAGCAAAGGUAUGUAUUUAUACCUGGGAUGAGAAUGGCAGAGCAUUGGUAAAGAACAAGCACUACCGCUAUCGCUGGUUGGCAUGUUCAAUUGUUGUUGGUCUCGUCAUGGGGUUUUCAGCCCCCUGCACACGGGUUGGCUUUGGGCAUCCAAUGUUUGGCACAGAAAAAUACGAUGUGGCAGCGGCAGUUUUGUUUUUUGCCUCAAACUUGUUGUUUUCUACUGUUGUCGCGUACUACGUGUUGAAAAUUACGGAUAUGCAGCGGCAAAUAUUGGAGCAGAUGCGUGUUAUUACCCGACUGGCGUACUUGGAGGGCCGAAGCUUAAUGCGGCCGAGUGAAUUUUUAAAGCAACGAUUUAACUUUGAUGAACCGUUGAAUCCAUACGAUGUGUUAACUGGCGUCGUGGGAUGGUGCGUAGUGCGGUCCCUCGUGCUUUACGCAUCCACGUGCUCCAACCAUGCGUCUCGAGGCUCCACCAUGAGCAUCUACCUUACACUUGUUUUUUGUGGUUUUCUUGUGACGAUUGGUGAUAUUGUCUACGUGUUGGUGGUUGGUUACUCUCACUCUGGGGCGAAUUAUUCCUUAGGGCACACUUACGCCUUUGUACUCUGCACGCUUUGGGGUUUUAUGCUACAAAGGUAUCUCUACAUCUGUGUUGGAACCCUCAAGGAACACACCACUCACCUUUAUCUCCUUGAUGUGGCAUGCUUGUACCAUCGACUAAGGCAUAGACCCAAUGAUGAGAGCAGCGAUGCUAUAGCGACAUGUCAUCAAAUGAUUAAAGCGCAUGAUGAAUUACCUUCCAUUUUUUCGGUUCGGAUCUCACCGCUAAUGUUGGUGGUAAUGGUAUUUAUUCAUCUGCUUGCACUGGUGGCAAUAAGCAUGAACUUGUGCAUUGCUAUUAACUACCCGAAACCCCACCAUCUCUAG